CAUCAGCAUAUCUGUGUUACUGAGCCACAGGGUUUAGUCGCCUACUCUGCGGGCCUUUGGUGUCGUUUGACAGUAUGACAUUACAAUCGUAUUUACAUCACGGGAGAACAGAACCUGCACAGGACUGAAUGGGAGAGCUCGUAGUUUAUCCGUCACGAUUUAUUUAAAACACUGUGUGGUUUGGUUGUCGGCUCGUCUCCUCACUUGGUUGCCACAACUCUGAGGCGGUGCUUGGAAUCUGCGUCGUAGGUGGAGAAAGCUGCUAGGACAGGAUUUUUUUUUUGACUGCACUCCCCAUAGAGAUUACUACACCCCCGGCUGUUGUCUUAAACCUCCGAGUAUUAGUUAUUGUUUACGGACAUGGCCGACACUUUAAGGAGACUGACCAAUACAUCUUCCUUCAGCGUCUUACAGGACAAGCUUGAGAGCUGGCACAAAGAAUACCAUGUUAUUUCCUGUGACCAGAAUCUAAAUAGAUGUUGUGAGCUGAUUGAACUAACCGCCAAGAUCCAGGGUCAACUGUUCGCCAUCCUCAACCUCGCAGCUGCUGAAGGUGGACACUAUGCUGGAGUGGACACUCUCAAAACGCGCCUGCUGCCGUGGCUUGGAACCUGUUUCUCAAUGGCGAGGCCCUCGGUCACUGAUGACACCAGUCUACAGCUCAUCCAGGAUUCAGUGGAAAAGGACAGGAGGAUCAGGGAACUCUCUGUAUCCCAUGAUAGUGACAUGCAGAAGAUGGAGACUCAGCUGUGCUCGACUCGCCUGCAGUUGGACUCCGUCAGAGAAGAACUGAUCGAUGCUCAGAAGGAACUGGAUGAGACAAAGAGCAAAUCAGCAACCACUCUGCUUGCCACUGAAGAUGAAAUAUUACAACUGAAAGCAGAUUUGCGAUCUGCACAUGAGCAGGUGGAGAUUUAUAAGAGGAAGCUGGAUUCUCUUGAUGACUAUGAGCGGCAGAUUCGCUUGCUGAGAGAUGAAGUGUCCUACCUGAGCACAGAGAAGGCCAUGCUGCAGGAGAGGUUGGUGAGAAGUCGUUCUCCGAGCCCCUUGCCUAGGCUCAGUCGCUCUUCCAGCCCCAUGAGGAGUGAAUCGCCCACCAGAGCUCAGCUCACUAACUCCUCCCGCCACGCACGCCUCGUAUCGCGCCUCAGUGACCUGUAUGCUGUGGAGCGUCUGGAGGCCCAGACCCUGCUUCGACGCUACAUUGCUGACUUAGAGAUGGUCCAGAAAAUCAUCUUCAUUGCUGUCGUGGAAUCCUUUAAGACAGCAAAACUGGCUUACCGUCAGUUCAAGCUGCGCGUGAGAAAGACGUUGUCCCCAUCCCACUUUGGGCCAGAAAGUCUAGAGGAUGCAGCUGUGGACUACAUCGUCAGAAACCUGGACCUCUAUGAUGUUCAGGCCAGCGUCAAUGAUGUGAUCAAUGCCAUGAAUGUGAACCCUCGGAUCUCUUUCCCGCCAGAGGUGGACUUUGUCCUCAUUAGCACCUUGAUCAGGGAGACAUGCAGGGUGGCCUUUGCCAUGCAGACACUGGACCCCCCGCUUGACUUGGCCUUUGCCAGUGAUGGAGAACUUUACAAUGACAGCAAGUAUCGCCGUAGCUAUGACUCCGAGUUCACUGCUCCUCUGGUGAUGUACCAUGUGUGGCCAGCCUUGGUAGAAGGAGAUGCUGUGGUAGUGAAGGGCGAGGCUGUGACUAGAAGGGGUGCUCUGUGGAGUAGAAGCCGGAGCAGGAGUGCCAGCCCCGUGCGCUCUCGCUCUCUCAGCCCAACUCGCAGUCUUGCAUUUAACAGCAAAAGAAGCCUGUCUCCUGAACGUCUCACAGCUAGCCGCCUGUGAACUCCGGCCUCUGUCAAGGCGACACCUGUACUUCACGUCAGUGAAAUAAAGUUUGAGGUAUUUUCAAUUCUGAUUUCAUCUUUAUGGUUACACUUAUGCUUCCACCAAAUAAAGCAAUGAAAUCCUUAGAUACUGUUCCACCCAAAGGCUGCUCAGAGUUUACAUUGUUGGAGGGCAGUUUAAUGGGACAUUGAUUGAGUAACUAGAGGUCAGUACAUUAUAGAUGAAGCAAAAUAGUCUGGCAGCUAACUGGACAGUUGUCUUAGUUCACUAUAUUUACUCUGUAAAUAUAGUUUUUAUGUAUAUAUAAUAUAUGUUUUUGAUAGAUAAUACUAACAGUAUUUUAGUGAUCAUCAGAAACUUAAAGGUACAUUUUUCAGGGGAAAACUCGACCUGCACAGUAGCUCUUUCUUAGACAGUUAACUAAAGGAAACAUAUUCAACUACUCUUUACUUUUUACCAAAACUCAACUAUGUAUCAGAUUUCUUUGGGUGUGUUGUAGGACAUACAGUGUGGUGCUAAUGAUCAGUGCUAACUCCUCCAGUACUUGAGUGACUGAUAUUGGUCAUUGUGAUUUUUAGUGUUAGUGGUUGCUGUGUUUUUUUUUUUUUUAAAUGUCUUAUUUUUAUUUUUUGGUGCUGUUAUUUUGUAUUCUGAAAACUACUUUGAGAUAAAGUAAGACAUAGUGAGGUUUAAGAAAAUUUAAAGUAAUGGAACAUGAUAUGUUAAUGGAAUGUAUAACUGGAGAUAGUUUUACUUUUGAAGUCUAAAAAAUAUUUUUUUAAAUCAGACUUUUCCAAAUAAUAGUGUUAGUUAUUGUGUACAAGAAUAGGACCAGUAGUUAUUUUGCAGAAAUGUCUCUAUGCAUUCAGUGUGACAAUUCUAUUUAUUUUUUUCUCAUUUACAACUUGUGUACUGUAUAUCACCACUUCAUAUCCAAUACUACUGUACUUAAUUUGCCCGUGAAUGGCUUGAAUUUCCAAAAUAUGGUCAAUACUGUAGGAUGCUGAUUUCACUCUGAUUUGAUUUGUGUUGUGUGAUGAAUAUAUUCUUUGACUGUGCCUUUUAUGAUUGCUUUUUUAAAGAAUAAAUGACAAACUUUAGUUUCCUGCAA